AUGCAGGCUGCGAAAGAGAAGGGGAAGGAUAUGGCAAGCGCGGUCAAGGAGAAGGUGAAGAAGCACUCGGCCAAGGCCGAGGAGAAGGUGGAGGAGACAACGGCUCGAAGCCGCGAAGAGAAAGAGAUGGCCCGAGAGCGGGGGAAGGCGAGAGAGGCCCAAGCCAAGGCAGAGCUCCACGACGAGAAAGCCGGGCACAGGGAGGAGACCGCCGCUCAUCGUGGCACCCACGUUCCCCUCACUGGGCUGUAUCAUAAUCGUCCUGUUGGUACUGCUGCAGCUCCCACCCGAACCACUGACCCGACUUACCCGGCCUCUGGUGGCCGCCCAGCCGGUGAAAAAUACCUGUAG